UGAAACUUCCCAGGCACGCUUCCCACUUCACUUCUUCUACUACUACUUCCCCCAGCUCUUGCUGUUCUCUCUCUCUCUCUUCCCAGUCUCAGUCUCUUGGAUGACAUUUGCGAAUCCGAGUGGUCGAACAGAAGCAACGAUCUCAGUCUCUCAUUCAUGGGAGACCCAAGCCCUAAGAACACGGCAGCGAUUCCGAUCUCAUUCCCACCUGGUUUUCAAUUCUACCCUACCGAAGAACACCUUCUCUGUUACUACCUUACUCUCAAGAACAGCUGCGAUAAGCGCCCUGAGCUUGAUUUCUCCCUUCCUUCUUCUUUCCAUGCCGAUUUCUCGCCUUUUGGUUUCGAAAUGGUUCGGGAAAUCAAUUUGUAUGAAUACGAUCCUUGCGACCUCCCCGACAUUUCGUGCUUUCCUUACGGUCGCGGUGGUAGUAAGAAGCAUUGGUAUUGUUUUACCGGGAAGGUGUCGAGUGGUCGUGUGAAGCGGAAGGCCGGAGGUGGGUUUUGGAAGAGAAAAGGACGAGCACGGGAUGUGGUGGGUGGAAAAGAAGGAAUUGUUUUGGGGAAAAAGAAGACUUUUGAGUUCUACCGCGGGAAUUUGUCUCGUACGGUGAAGACUGAUUGGGUUCUCUACGAGUAUGCCCUCGUCGACAAUCUCAAGGACUCUUUUUGCCUAUGUCGAGUAUUUAAAUCUUGUCCUGGAACUAAGCUCGCAGAUCAUGUCCCAAGUUCUUGCACUGACAAAAGUAUUGCUGCAAUGCGUGACAAUAAACAACAUUAUGGAGCCUCAACAUCUGGCAUUGGUGAAGUAUCAGUACAUGCAGAUACAUCUUUUGGCACCAAAAAUGAGAUCCAGAGGUUACUAACGAAUUCAAUCAGUGAGCAAUAUGAUUCAGUUCUUGCGCAACAAACUUCUGAUGAUGCCUUUCGGUUCCCCAUGACCGUUCCAUGGCCAGAUCAGCUGGUGGAAUCUUCCAAUGGAAUUGUCAGUGGGGGCACCAUAUUUUUUGGUAAUGUUACCGAUCAGCUAGUAUCCAAUUCUGUGAGCCUGGAGGGAGAUUUCAUCGAGUUAAAUGAUCUGAUCUCCCGUCUUCCAGACAUGGAUUCAGUGGGAUAGAAAUAAAACUUCUUUUCAAGAGGUGCAUGCAAUUCUACUUUGUCCUUCGACCAAGUUGCCGUCAGAAUCCCUAUUCUCAACUGGGUUACGAGAAGGGAAUAUCCUUCAAUGAAGCAAGAAAAAUAUGAAGAAACUGCAAGUUCAUGUGGGGUCAAUAUAUUUGUACUCAGACGGAGUUACCAGUCAGAAUUCCUAUUCUUAAAUGGGUUACUAGAAGGGAAUAUCAUUUAAUGAAGCAGGAUCAAAUGAAAAUUCAGAAGAAACAAACUGCAAAUUAAUGUGGCAGUGCAAUUCUACUUUUAUAGUCUGAUCAAGUCAUCAUUGUUCAGGAUCCCAUUAAAAUGAAACUUACAAAGAAACAAACUGCAAAUUAAUGUGGCCAUGUGUAGUUCUACUUUUGUACUCUGAUCAAGUUACCAUUUAGAAGCUAGAGAAAGUGAAAAUUAUGAAGAUUCAAGUUGCAAGUUAAUGUGGGCUCGGGUGUUUUGGCUGGUGAACACCACUAGUCCAAGGCACUACUUGUUUAGUGAAUCGGAAAGCGAUCCAUUUGAUAUGACAGAAUAUCUAAGUGAGCGUCGAUGUAAAUGAAGUACCAGAUCAACUCAUUUGACUAAAUAUCUGCAACCAUUUCCUUGAUGGAGCGGAGGUGGUUUUUCUGCUCUUAUCAUGGACUACCCGUACCUCCAUUUUUCUGCUCCUUAGUAGUUUGGUUAUCUUGUCUUCAAGGCUUUUAGACUAUGAUUCCUCUUUUCUUUUUUUCUUUUUUUCUUUUUUUUUUUUUUUUUUUUCUGCGAGCUCUUUAGACUCUAAUCUCUUCUUAUUUUUCUGGCGGGCGGGCGUGCGUGCGUGCUAGCUCUAGCUAGCUAAUUCAACUCAUUUGACUAAAUCUCUUCAACCAUUUCCUUGAUGGGGCGAAGGUUAUUUUUCUGCUCUUAUCAUGGGCUACCCUUUAGUAGUUUGCUUAUCCUGUCUUCAAGCCGUUUAGACUGCAAUUCUUUUUCUUUUUCUUGCUCUCUACUAUUUUGAUUUUUAACUGCAAGCUUUUCAGACUGUAAUCUCUUCUUCUUUUCCCCCUGUUUGGAUAGAACAACAAUUAUUUACGUGUGCCACUUUGCUACUUUAAACUCAGAUUUUUAUUAUUGUCAACUACUUUUACAUAUAUAGUUAAUACUCAUUUGCUCUGUAGUACUUGAA